AUGCUGCCAAAUUUGUUGCAAUUGGAUAUAUCGCAUAAUAGACUUCAAAGCUUUACGGGGAAUCUUCCGAAGUUACAGCAUCUUCACGUUCAGCACAAUCCAUGGAAUUGUGAUUGCCGGUAAGUUACAAAAAAAAAAAAAAAUUCCGGUGCCUCAUGCUGGAAUCGAACCAGCGACCUUCUGUUUACUAGACAGACGCUCUGCCACUGAGCCAAUGAGGCGCACGCUGCAGCUGCGCUCAAAUUCCCUUUUUAUAUCUCUCACUCUUUUCUCUAGCAUCUCUCACCUCACCACACUAUUUCGUCACAUCAGCUAUGAGGAGUUGGGUUACUGUAGACAUCCAAGGCGCAUGGCAUUGCUCGAGAGUACUGUAGAUGUGGAGAAAUGUGAAGUUCCAAGGGUUGAGGAGGAAAAUAAUGAGAUUCGGUUGAUUUGUGACGUGGAAAAUGAUGGGAAGCGGAAAAAUGUGGUUUGGUUGUAUAAGUGAGUUACCAGAAAUGCGUCAAGGCUACUAGAAAUGCGUCAGCAAAUUUAGAAGCUACCAAAAAUGCGUCAGUGAAUUUAGAAGCUACUAGAAAUGCGUCAGUGAAUCUAGAAGCUACCAGAAAUGCGUCAGUGAAUCUAGAAGCUACCAGAAAUGCGUCAGUGAAUCUAGAAGCUACUAGAAAUGCGUCAGCAAAUUUAGAAGCUACUAGAAAUGCGUCAGCAAAUUUAGAAGCUACUAGAAAUGCGUCAGUGAAUCUAGAAGCUACCAGAAAUGCGUCAACAAAUUUAGAAGCUACCUGAAAUGCGUCAGCAAAUUUAGAAGCUACCAGAAAUGCGUCAGUGAAUCUAGAAACUACCAGAAAUGCGUCAGCAAAUUUAGAAGCUACCAGAAAUGCGUCAGUGAAUCUAGAAACUACCAGAAAUGCGUCAGCAAAUUUAGAAGCUACCAGAAAUGCGUCAGUGAAUCUAGAAGCUACCAGAAAUGCGUCAGUGAAUCUAGAAGCUACUAGAAAUGCGUCAGCAAAUUUAGAAGCUACUAGAAAUGCGUCAGCAAAUUUAGAAGCUACUAGAAAUGCGUCAGUGAAUCUAGAAGCUACCAGAAAUGCGUCAGUGAAUUUAGAAGCUACCAGAAAUGCGUCAGUGAAUUUAGAAGCUACUAGAAAUGCGUCAGUGAAUCUAGAAGCUACCAGAAAUGCGUCAGUGAAUUUAGAAGCUACCAGAAAUGCGUCAAGGCUACAAAAAACGCGCCAACAAAAUUUCUUAAAGGAACAUCGAGCUCGCUGAAUCCGCUCUGGACGUUUUCCGAAUAAAUUCGACGAUUUUGAUGGUCCCACGUGGAACUGACGUGGCAUUGAUCAAUUGUGCCGCAGACUACAGUAUACCUACAGUAGGCCAUCGAAAAAGGCGGCAAAUUCUGGCACCGCAAUUCACCUAUAAGCCACGUGAUAAUUCGUAUAAGUGAGUUUUGGCGGCGGCGGGAAAUUUGAAAUUUAAAAAUUUGAAUUUUUUUUUGCAGCGAGGGAAGUGAGGUCAAAGUGAAUUGUGAGGUGAUGGGACAUCCGAAACCGGUUAUUACUUGGUCGCAUAAUGGAAAGGUAGGCUGACGCAUUUUUUGUAGCUUGACGCAUUUCUGGUAGCCUAGAAACUUGCUGACGCAUUUCAGGUAGCUUCUAGACUUGCUGACGCAUUUCAGGUAGCUUCUAAAUUUGCUGACGCAUUUUUGGUAGCUUCUGGGUUUGCUGACGCAUUUUUGGUAGCUUCUAGAUUAGCUGACGCAUUUCUGGUAGCUUCUAGAUUAGCUGACGCAUUUCUGGUAGCUUCUGAGUUACAGUAACUCAAACCAUAACAUGUUUGGUCUCAAAAUGCUCCAAAUUUUGGCGCGAAAAAGCCACGUGUCAAAAUUUUUGAAAAAAAAUUUUUUUCAGCCCUUCACCUCCACCCGAAAACGUCAACUUUCACUAUCCAACAAUAUCCUCCGAAUCUAUCCAUUUUUGGAAGAAGAUUCUGGAACCUACACGUGCGCGGCUCAAAAUCAACACGGCUCUGUGAGCCACGAUUUUCGACUUGAGCUCAUUUCCAGUGUACCACCGAAUAUUUUCGAGGGACCACAAAGUGUGAGCGCAAAAGUGGGAGGAGAAGUUGUGUUCUAUUGUAAGGCACGCGGAAUUCCGCUUCCGGAUUACACGUGGAGUUUUGAUGGAAGUACUAUUGGACAUAUUAAGGGGAGGUUUAGGGUGAGUUUUGGGGCGGGAAAUCUGAAAUUUUGUGCUGAAAAAGCUGGAAAUGCUGAAAAUCACUGAAAAUGAAGAUUUCCACAAGUUUCAGCACAAAAUUUCACUCUAGAGAACUAUUUUUCACAAAAUUCUGGUUGAUCCAUUUUUUUGGAACUUUCGGCACAAUUUUCUACAGUACCUUUUGAAGAGUUUCUAGGCUCAAAUUUUGUGCUGAAAAAGCUGGAAAUGCUGAAAAUCACUGAAAAUGAGGAUAUCCACAAUUUUCAGCACAAAAUUUGGGCCCAGAAACUUUGUUUGACUUCAAAAUCUACUGUUUUAAAAAAUUGUGCCAAAAAUUCCGAAAAAAAGGGGUUACUGUAGAAAAACAUGUUUCUAGACCCAAAUUUUGUGCUGAAAAUCGUGGAAAUACUAAAUAUUACUGAAAAUGAGGAUUUCGACGAUUUUCAGCACAAAAUUUCAGUCUAGAAACAUAUUUUUCACAAAAAUCUGGUUGAUCCAUUUUUUUGGAAUUUGUGGCACAAUUUUCUACAGUACCUUUUGAAGAGUUUCUAGACCCAAAUUUUGUGAUGAAAAUCAUGAAAAACCUCAUUUUCAGCGAUUUUGAGCAUUUCCAGCUUUUUCAGCACAUAAUUUGGGUCUAGAAACUCUUCAAAAUGUACUGUAGAAAAUUGUGCCAAAAAUUCCAAAAAUGUAGAUCAACCAUAUUUCUGUAGAAAAUAUUUUUCUAGACCCAAAUUUUGUGCUGAAAAUCAUGAAAAAUCUUAUUUUCAGCGAUUUUCAGCAUUUCCAGCUUUUUCAGCACAAAAUUUCACUCUAGAAAACUAUUUUUCACAAAAUUCUGGUUGAUCCAUUUUUUUGGAACUUUCGACACAAUUUUCUACAGUACCCUUUGAAGAGUUUCUAGGCUAAAAUUUUGCGCUGAAAAAGCUGCGAAUGCUGAAAAUCGCUGAAAAUUAAGUUUUUCACGAUUUUCAGCACAAAAUUUGGGUCUAGAAACAUAUUUUCUACAGUAACCCCAGUUGAUCCAUUUUUUUGGAAUUUGUGGCACAAUUUUCUACAGUAUCUUUUGAAGGGUUUCUAGACUGAAAUUUUGUGCUGAAAAUCGUGAAAAUCUUCAUUUUCAGCAAUUUUCAGCAUUUCCAGCUUUUCCAGCUCAAAAAUUUCAGCAUAGAAACUCUUCAAAAGCUACUGUAGAAAAAAAUGUAGAUCAACCAGAUUACUGUAGGAAAAUAUGUUCUAGACUCAAAUUUUGUGCUGAAAAUCAUGAAAUCCUCAUUUUCAGGUCUCCGACGACGGCACCGAACUUCGCAUCUCAAACAUCGAGAAAAAAGACGAGGGUGUGUUCUCCUGCAUGGCUGGAAAUCCAGUGGGUGCCAUGUCAGCCGACGCCCGUCUUACUGUAGAAGGUGCGGCCCAGGCCCCCCAGGGGGCCGUGCCUGAACUCACCGAAGAAACUCUCCGAAGAAUCUCCCAACAGGCUCGGUAUAACGUGGAACAGGCUCUAGAGAAGACGCGGAAGCAAGCGAAAAUCCAAGAGGUCACCAAAAGUCAGGACCUAAAAAGGCUGUUCCGAUUCUCGGUCCCCUCACAGGCCGUCGAAUUAUCCAAGGCCCGUGAGAUCUACGAGGAAUCUGUGAGAUUGGUUAGAGAGCAUGUGGAACACGGUCUGAAAUUGGACAUAAAUGAGUUGCACGGCGAGGCGCAGAGCAGAAAUUUGAGCUAUGAAAGUGUUUUGCAUGUGACACAUGUUCAGAGUUUGAUGGGUUUGAGUGGAUGUCAUCGGGGACAGUUUAAGAAUCCGUGCUCGGAUGUUUGUUUUCAUAAUAAAUACAGGUAAGCUCCGCCCCUUUUCUGCAAGUCUGGCACACUUUUCCGCCUGAAAAAUGCUAGAUUUAUAGGGUAGAAUCAUAGAUUUUAAGCGAUUUUAGGCUCCGCCCCUUUUUCUGCAAGCCUGGCACAGUUUUCCGCUCUAAAAAUGCUAGAUUUAUAGGGUAGAAUCAUUGAUUCAAGUGGAUUUUAAGCCACACCCCUUUUCUGCAAGUCUGGCACAUUUUUUGUACCAGUUUUGAGGUUCUUGGCUCGAUUUGAAUCAGCAUUGCUCAUAUUAUUAUAAAAAUUCAGGGUUUUCUGUUAAAUUUGACAGGCAUUGCUCAUCUUAACCUGGAAAUCUCGAAUUUGAAUCGAAAUUUGAUAGGCAUUGCUCAUAUUAGUCUUAAACUACUGAAUUUAUUCCGAAAUUUGGCGAAAUUUAUAGGCAUUGCUCAUAUUAAUCUCAAAAUUUUGAAUUUUGUAUCAAAUUUUAAAAGAAUUGCUCAUAUUAACCCAAAAUUCAGAAAAUUCAAUUAGCAUUGCUCAGAUUAAUCUAGAAAAUAUGAAAAUAAAUGAAAAUUUAACGAAUUUUUUUACCAUUGCUCAUAUUAACCUGAAAAUUCAGAGAAUUCGAUAGACAUUGCUCAUAUUAGCCUAAAAAUCUUGAAUUUUAUAUCAAAAUGUAGCUAAUUCCUUAAGCAUUGCUCAGAUUAACCUGAAAUUCUAUGAAUUUGUUAGGAAUUGCUCAUAUUAACCUAAAACUUAGCAAAAUCGACAAGAAUUGCUCAUAUUAACCUAAAAAUCCUGGAAAACAAGCAAAAUUCAGCGAAUUUGUUCUACAUUGCUCAGAUUAACCAAAAAUUCAGAAAAUUCGUUAGGCAUUGCUCAGAUUAACCAGAAAUCUUGCAUUUUAUAUCAAAAUUUCCGCAUUUUUCUCUACAUUGCUCAUAUUAAACUAUUCUUUUUCAGAUCUUUCGAUGGUCAAUGCAAUAAUUGGAAAAAGCCAAUGUUCGGUGUGUCACAAAUGCCAUUGAGAAGACUUCUGAAACCGGCCUAUGAAAAUGGUUUCAAUACUCCAGUUGGCUGGCAAAAAGGCAAAUUAUACAAUGGCUAUCCGAUGCCAAAUGUUCGUGAAAUUUCAAGACAACUUGUGGCCACCGAAAAAAUCACACCGCAUUUCAAAUUGUCCUCGUGGAUCAUGCAAUGGGGACAAUUUUUGGAUCAUGAUUUGACGCAUACUGUACAGGCUUUGAGUAGACAUAGCUAUGCAACUGGAGCAUUUUGUAAUCGGACUUGUGAUAACUUGGAUCCUUGUUUCAAUAUUCCGUUGACGAAAAGUGAUCCGAGAUUGAAGGAUGGGAAGUUAGUGGGGGGUUUUGGGGUGAAAAUUUUGAUUUUUUAGUGAUUUUCUUGAUUUUCAGCGCGAAAUUUGAGCCUAGAAACUAUUCAAAAGCUACUGUAGAAAAUUUUGCCACAAAUUCCAAAAAAAUGGAUCAAACAGAUUACUGUAGAAAACAUUUUCUAGACUGAAAUUUUGUGCUGAAAAUCAUGAAAACUUUCAUUUUCAAGGGUUUUAAGCAUUCCUAUGCUUUUCAGCACAAAAUUUGAGCCAAGAAAAUUCUUCAAAGGGUACUGUAGAAAAUUGUGCCACAAAUUCCAAAAAAAUGGAUCAAACGGAUUACUGUAGAAAACAUUUUCUAGACUGAAAUUUUAUGCUGAAAGUGCUGGAAAUGCUGAAAAUUGCUGAAAACUAGAACUUCCACGAUUUUCAGCGCAAAAUUUGAGUCUAGAACAUCGUUUUCUACAGUAACCCAGUUGAUCUAUUUUUUCGGAAUUUGUGGCACAAUUUUCUACAGUAGCCUUUGAAGAGUUUCUAGACCAAAAUUUCGUGCUGAAAAAGCUGGAAAUGCUGAAAAUUGCUGAAAAUGAAGGUUUUCAUGAUUUUCAGCACAAAAUUUCAGUCUGUAACAGGUUUUUUUAAAGUUUCUGUAACUGUUUUGCAGCUGAUCAUUUUUUUCGGAACUCUUGGCACAAUUUUCUACAGUACCUUUUGAAGUGUUUCUAAGCUCAAAUUUUGUGCUGAAAAAGCUGAAAAUGCUGAAAAUUGCUGAAAAUGAGGGUUUUCAUGAUUUUCAGCGCAAAAUUUCAGCCCAGAACAUCGUUUUCUACAGUAACCCAGUUGAUCCAUUUUUUUGGAAUUUUUGACACAAUUUUCUACAGUACCUUUUGAAGAGUUUCUAGGCUCAAAUUUCGUGCUGAAAAAGCUGCGAAUGCUGAAAAUCGCUGAAAAUAAAGUUCUCCAUGAUUUUCAGCAUAAAAUUUGAGUCCAGAACCAGGCAUGUUCAUUUUGCCGGCAUUGCCUGCUUUUUGCCGUCCCCCGAAAAAGCAAAGCCGCUUUUGCUUUUACACGGUGAGACUGUGAAAAAGCAACAGCAAAGCAGCCUGCCGAAUUGCCGGCAGUGCUUUUUUCACUGCUUCCAAAAUCAUCUGAAAGCAGUGAAAAUGCAUUGACAAAACAACCUCUUUUUGCUUCUCUAACGCGCGCGCGAGACUACUUGAAUAAAUGCAUACGCGGACGGUUCACUGGUUUUGUGUGUUGCCAUGUUUUGUGUGUGGAGGGGCGGAGCUUCGCUUGUUGCCUUUUGUAUUUUGAAAAAGCAGCCCGGCAGGCAGCCGCGGCUGCUUUUUUUUUUGCUUUUUCCUCACUUGCUUUUUGCCAGCAAAAAGCAAAGCCACGCCCAGCAAAGCUGCUUUGCUUUUUGCCGGCAAAGCAAAAUGAACAUGCCUGUCCAGAACAUCUUUUUCUACAGUAACCCGGUUGAUCCAUGUUUUUCAGAACUUUUUUCCUUUUGAAGAAUUUCUAGACCAAAAUUUUGCGCUGAAAAAGCUGGAAAUGCUGAAAAUUACUGAAAAUGAGGAUUUUCAUGAUUUUCAGCACAAAAUUUCAGCCAAGGAACAUAUUUUUCUACAGUAACCCGGUUGAUCCAUUUUUUCGGAAUUUGUGGCAUAAUUUUCUACAGUACCUUUUGAAGUGUUUCUAAGCUCAAAUUUUGCGCUGAAAAUCAUGAAAACCUUCAUUUUUCAGCGCUUCGCAGCAUUCCCAUGGUUUUCAGCACAAAAUUUCAGUCUAGAAACUCUUCAAAGGUACUGUAGAAAAUUAUGCCAAAGAUUCCGAAAAAAUGGAUCAACCGGGUAACUGUAGAACAUAUCUUGUUCUAGGCUGAAAUUUUAAGCUGAAAAUGUUGGAAAUGAGCAAUCCCAUCGUUUUCAGCGCGGAAAAUUGAUCCAGAAAAAAGUAGGGCUCAUGGAGCAUCGAUCGCCGGACCAUUUGGCUGGAAAAAAAUCAUUCUAGAUCAAAAUUUCGUCCUUAAAAUGAUAGGAAUACUCAAAAUGAGCAAUUUCCAGCGUCAAAUACCCAUGCAUCGAAUUCGAGCGAAGUGCAGCAGUGUGCGGAUCCGGCGAAACGUCUCUGCUCUUCAAUCGUGUCACCUAUCGCGAACAAAUGAAUGCUCUGACGUCAUACAUCGAUGCCUCAAAUGUAUACGGUAGCACUGAAGUUCAAGCUCAAGAACUUCGAGACACUUUCAACAAUAAUGGACAAUUACGAUUUGAUUUGACAUCGGCCAGCGGAAAAGAGUAUUUACCGUUUGAAAAAGAUUCGAAUAUGGAUUGUAGACGAAAUUUCAGCGAGGAAAAUCCGAUUAGAUGCUUUUUGGCUGGGGAUUUGAGGUAAGUUUUGGGGCAUUUCUCAUGUUAAUUUUUGGGUUAAGGAGGAAAUUUGGAGUCUUUAGACACCCCAUAAGGCAUAGUUUUGAGAAAAUUUGAAAAAUUGGGGGAUUGCUCAUGUUAAUUUUUGGGUUGAGCAAGAAAUUCGGAGAUUUUUGACACCCCACAAGGCAUAGUUUUGAGAAAAUUUGGGGAUUGCUCAUGUUAACAUAUAUAGCUAGGUGGGGUCCUUUAACAGUAAAACUUGGGAUUGCUCAUAUUAGUCAUGAGCUGGCUGAGACACAUAGGAUUGCUCAUGAUAACAAAUAUAGCUAGGUGGGGUCCUUCAAUUUCAAGAAAUUUUGGGAUUGCUCAUGUUAACAUAUAUAGCUAGGUGGGGUCCUUUAAAAAUGGAAAAAAUGGGAUUGCUCAUAUUAGUCAUGAGCUGGCUGAGACACAUAGGAUUGCUCAUGUUAACAAAUAUAGCUAGGUGGGGUCCUUUAAGAACGGAAAACUUGGGAUUGCUCAUGUUAACCUAGCUAGUUGGGGUCCUUUAAAAAUGGAAAAAAUGGGAUUGCUCAGGUUAACCUAGCCUAGUACCUUCCUUUAACAGAAUCAAAAAUAAAGCAUUGCUCAUGUUAACAUAUAUUUCUAGGUGGGGUCCUUUAAAUAUGAAAAAUAUAGCAUUGCUCAUGUUAAGUAUCUCACUAAAUUUUGCAGAGCCAACGAGCAACUCGCACUCACCGCCACCCACACAAUCUUCAUCCGCGAGCACAACCGCAUCGCAGCCGCGUUGCGCCGCAUGAAUCCCGCGUGGGACGGCGAAGUGAUCUACCAUGAGACACGGAAAAUUGUUGGAGCUGUUAUGCAACACAUAACCUAUACACAAUGGUUGCCCCAUGUUUUUGGAGGCAUUGCUCAGCUUAGAAAAUAUGUGGGAGGAGAAUAUUUGGGAUAUCGGGAUGAUGUGGAUGCGAGUAUUUCGAACGCGUUUGCCACGUCGGCUUUCAGAUUUGGACACACGCUCAUAAAUCCAACACUUUUGAGACUGGAUAAGGAAUUUGAGGUUAUCAAGGAGGGAAAUAUUGCAUUACAUAAGGUAAGUUGUCAAGGGUUGGCUCCUUGAGAACACGCUUGGCAAGCAGCCAACCCUUGAGAAACCAUAUGGCAAGGGUUAGCUGCGAGAAAAUGAUCUUGUCAAGGGCUCGCGCCUUGAGAACACACUUGACAAGCAGCCAACCCUUGAGAAGCCUCUUGUCAAGGGUUGGCUGCGAGAAAAUGAUCUUGACAAGGGCUCGCGCCUUGAGAACACUCUUGACAAGCAGCCAACCCUUGAGAAGCAUCUUGUCAAGGGUUGGCUGCGAGAAAAUCAUCUUGUCAAGGGUUGGCUCCUAGAGAACAUUCUUGACAAGCAACCAACCCUUGAGAAGCUUCUUGUUAAGGGUUAGCUGCGAGAAAAUGAUCUUGACAAGGGCUCGCGCCUUGAGAACACUCUUGACAAGCAGGCAACCCUUGAGAAGCGUCUAUUUAAGGGUGAGCUGCGAGAAAAUCAUCUUGUCAAGGUCUCGCGUCUAGAGAACACUCUUGGCAAGCAGCCGAACCUUGAGAAGCCUCUUGUUAAGGGUUAGCUCCGAGAAAAUCUACUUGACAAGGGUUCGCGCCUUGAGAACACUCUUGACAAGCAGCCAACACUUGAGAAGCCUCUUGUUAAGGGUUAGCUGCGAGAAAACCAUCUUGUCAAGGGCUCGCGCCUUGAGAACACUCUUGACAAGCAACCAACCCUUGAGAAGCCAAGGGUUAACUGCGAGAAAAUGAUCUUGUCAAGAGCUAGCGCCUUGAGAACACUCUUGACAAGCAGCCAACACUUGAGAAGCCUCUUGUUAAGGGUUAGCUGCGAGAAAACCAUCUUGUCAAGGGCUCGCGCCUUGAGAACACUCUUGACAAGCAACCAACACUUGAGAAGCCUCUUGUUAAGGGUUAGCUGCGAGAAAAUGAUCUUGACAAGGGCUCGCGCCUUGAGAACACUCUUGACAAGCAGCCAACCCUUGAGAAGCUUCUUGUCAAGGGUUGGCUGCGAGAAAAUCAUCUUGACAAGACCUAGCGCCUUGAGAACACUCUUGACAAGCAACCAACCCUUGAGAAACCUCUUGCUAAGGGUUAGCACCUAGAGAAGCUACCCAAAAUGCGCUAGCAAAUUUAGAAGCUACCCAAAAUGCGUCAGCAAAUCUAGAAGCUACAAAAUAUGCGUCAGUCAACCUCCCUCCGCAAUUUCCAGGCCUUCUUCACCCCCGAACUUGUGCUAACUCAAGGCGGCGUCGAUCCUCUGAUACGUGGAUUAUUCGCCAGCCCCCUCAAACAUCCAAUGCCCAGCCAACUUUUGAAUAUGGAACUUAUCGAGAAACUUUUCAUGAAGGGACAUGAGGUAAGUCCAGAAGCUACUAGAAAUGCGUCAAGCUACAAAAAACACGUCAAUCUCAGGUCGCUCUGGAUCUGGCCGUCAUGAAUAUUCAAAGAUCUCGCGAUCACGGUCUACCAAGCUACACCGAAUACCGCAAAUUCUGCAAUCUAUCAAUUCCAAGCUCAUUUUCUGACAUGAAACCGUAUAUCAAAGAUGAUUCGGUGCUUCAGAAGCUUCAGGGACUCUACGGAGUACCAGGUUAGUGAUCAGCGACCCCGAAAACCCCGGAAACCCCGUUGAAAUCUUUGAAAACGCGGCGAAAUUGAAAAAGGGGCGGAGCCUAGCGCACAGAGAAGAUAGGAGAGCGCGCUUUCCCGUGAGGCGUCGGCUGCAUGAAAUAGGCAUAUAUAAAAGGGAAAUGAGAAGAGGGGAGAGAUAGAAAAGGGGGAGAAAUGAGAGAGCGCGAUGAAUGUUUACCAUCUUUCGGCUGAACUAUGCUGAUGCCAACUUUUAACUAUGCUGAGCGACUUUUAUUUUGCUGGAAUUAUUUUUGCUGAAAUUUUCAGAGAAUAUCGAUUUAUGGGUUGGUGGAAUAGUUGAGGAAAAGCUGCAAAAUGCGCUUUUUGGCGAGACUUUUGCGUGUAUAAUUGGAGAACAAUUCAAAAAAUUGCGAGAUGGCGACAGGUUUUGGUACGAAAAAGAGGGCGUGUUCACCGCAAAUCAACUCCGCGAGAUAAAAAAAGUCACCCUGGCUAGAAUCAUUUGUGAUAAUGGUGAUGAGAUUGAUCGAGUACAACGCGAUGUUUUUGUGUAUCCAGGAGGGAAGGAUAAGAAAUUGUAUGAGAAGUGUGAGAUGUUGGAGGAGAUGGAUUUGGGAAAAUGGAACAAGUGUUGUGAUGAUGUGUGUCCGACGAUGUUGGAUCGGAUUUUGAGGAGGUGAGAGGGUUUGGAGAGGGUUCGGGGGGAGAUUUGGAGUCGAAUGAUACCGAAUACUGUGGGGGUAGGCCUGGAAAGGGCCUAGGCUUGUUUAGGCCUGAAAUCUGGGCUCAAUUAGGUUCAAAAAAUCUGGAUUUUCUGGAUUUUCAGGCCUAAAAUCCAGUCUUUUCAGUCCAAAAAUCCAGCCUUUUUUUGGGCCCGGAAAAUCGCAGGUUUUCAGGCUGAAAAUCUAGGCUUUUUUGGGCUCAAAAAAUACGGAGUGUUUGGGCCUAAAUCCAGGCUUUUCAGUCUUAAAUCUAGGCUUUUUUGGGCUCUAAAAAUCCGGAAUGUUUAGGCCCAAAAUCUAGGCUUAUCUAGGCUCUAAAAAUCCGGAAUGUUUAGGCUUAAAUCCAGGCUUUUCAGUCCUAAGUCUAGGCGUUUUUGGGCCCGGAAAAUCGGCUCAUUUAGGCUCAGGCCUAAACCCAGACUUAUCCCGUCUCAAAAAAUCGCCAAAUUUUUUUUUCCAGCCGUCACCGCGGCUCUCGCCUUCACGGCUGCAAUUCCAACGGUUUGUGGCGUCCGGAAGGCGCGAAAUGGCUUCCGGAAAACGAGUACUGUACCGAAUGUGUGUGUCAGGGCGGACGAGUUUGGUGUGCCACCAAAGAGGACUGCUCCGAUACCAGAAGCCCGUUUUAA